GCUCAUCAACUUUGCGGUGCCCCGGCCCCCUCAAAUAGUUUUUGGCGGGGACCAAAGCCCCUAUGGUGACAGAUGUCCGUUAGCAUUCAGAACUUUAGCAUUGCACCUGGGAUCAUGUAGGGGUGUACGCGCGUGAGAGUCCCAAAGUUGUCCGGAAAUUCAUGCUACAGUAUUUCGAAUCCGGGCCUCACUGAAUUCGACAUUGAGCCGUUAUGAAUGCAGUUUAAAACGCAAUACGCACCGGAUUUCCGAGCGCUUUCAUACUGGCUGGGAGGAAGCGGCGAGCGUGAUCUGCGGCGCUCACCUUCCUUGGGUUUCCUUGCAUUGUUUUUCGAAAGGAACCGGGGAAUUCGCGAUUCCCCAGGAGCAGCUGGAGUUCUACUCUUACCUUUCUUGCCUCUAUGGGCCGCUGUAGAAAAACCGGAGGCUCUCGCGAUGUUUUAGGGGAGCCGUCGCGGAAAAGGCGAGGGCGGCUGGCCCGGCUUCGAGUAGGUUGAAGGGACCGGUUGGCCCAUUUCCCGUGAGGCGAGUCCGCGGGCUGCCGAAGCGUCUUCCGCUUUCGUUACCUACGUCACCCUCGGUGCAGCUAGACUUUGCGAGGACGGCCGAGGUCAGGAACCACAGAAGAAAAUGAAACUUUUUUCAGAAUCACACAAAACAGUUUUUGUAGUGGAUCACUGCCCUUAUAUGGCAGAAUCUUGCAGACAACAUGUUGACUUUGAUAUGUUAAUGAAGAAUCGGACCCAAGGAAUCAUACCUCUUGCACCUAUAUCACGAUCGCUAUGGACCUGUUCAGUGGAAUCAUCCAUGGAAUAUUGUAGAAUAAUGUUUGAUAUAUUCCCCUUUAAAAAACUAGUGAACUUCAUUGUAAGUGACUCUGGAGCAAAUGUCUUAAACUCUUGGAACCAAGAAGAUCAAAGUUUGCAGGAGUUAAUGGCCGCUUUAGCAGCUGUUGGACCUCCCAAUCCUCGCGCAGACCCUGAAUGCUGCAGUAUACUUCAUGGCUUAGUUGCAGCAGUAGAGGCACUCUGCAAAAUUACUGAAUACCAACAUGAGGCCCGAACCCUCUUAAUGGAGAAUGCUGACCGUGUUGGAAACAGAGGACGAAUAAUAUGUAUUACUAACGCAAAGAGUGACAGCCAUGUACGAAUGCUUGAGGAGUUUGUCCAGGAAACGAUACAUGAACACAACAAACUAGCAGCUAAUUCAGAUCACCUUAUGCAGAUCCAGAGAUGUGAGCUGGUCUUAAUUCACACUUACCCUGUUGGUGAGGAAAGUCUUGUGUCGGAUCAUCUUAAAAAAGAGCUCUCUCCUGUCUUAACCAGCGAAGUACAUAGUGUUCGGGCUGGACGGCAUCUGGCCACCAGACUGAAUGUUUUAGUACAGCAGCAUUUUGAUCUGGCUUCAACCACUAUAACUAACAUCCCCAUGAAGCCCACAUUCAAUGUCUGUGACCAGGAGGAGCAGCAUGCCAAUACAUCUGCCAAUUAUGAUGUGGAACUACUUCAUCACAAGGAAGCACACGUAGACUUUUUAAAAAGUGGUGAUAAUCAUAUGGGUGGUAGUAGCAAAGAAGGUACAUUAAAAGAAACUGUAACUUUAAAAUGGUGUACACCAAGAACAAACAGUGUUGAACUUCAUUAUUGUACUGGAGCUUUCAGAAUAUCACCUGUAGAUGUAAAUAGUCGGCCUUCAUCUUGCCUUACCAACUUUCUCCUUAAUGGUCGUUCUGUGUUGUUGGAGCAACCACGGAAGUCUGGCUCUAAAGUAAUUAGUCAUAUGCUUAGUAGCCAUGGAGGAGAGAUUUUUCUGCAUGUUCUAAGCAGUUCUCGAUCCAUUCUGGAAGAUCCUCCUUCAAUUAGUGAAGGAUGUGGUGGUAGAGUCACAGACUACAGGAUUACAGAUUUUGGUGAAUUUAUGAGGGAAAACAGGCUUACUCCUUUUCUGGAACCCAGAUACAAGAGUGAUGAAAGUUUUGAGAUUCCCUUGGAGCGAGCCAAAGAUCAACUAGAGAAGCAUACUCGCUACUGGCCCAUGAUCAUCUCACAGACUACUAUAUUCAACAUGCAAGCAGUAGUGCCAUUGGCCAGUGUUAUUGUGAAGGAAGCAUUGACAGAUGAAGAUGUCCUCAAUUGUCAGAAAACAAUUUACAAUUUAGUAGACAUGGAAAGAAAAAAUGACCCACUGCCAAUAUCAACAGUUGGAACAAGAGGAAAGGGUCCUAAAAGAGAUGAACAGUACAGGAUCAUGUGGAAUGAAUUGGAGACUCUUGUUAGAGCGCACAUAGCCAACUCGGAUAAACAUCAGCGAGUUUUGGAGUGCCUUCUGGCUUGCAGAAGCAAACCACCUGAAGAAGAGGAGCGCAAGAAACGGGGGAGGAAAAGAGAAGAAAAAGAAGAAAAGUCAGAGAAAGCAGGAAAAGACUAUGAACCAGAAAAAUCCUGGCAGGAAUCGGAAAGGUUAAAAGGCUUAUUAGAUCGUGAAAAAGAGGAACUAGCAGAGGCAGAAGUAAUAAAAGAUUCACCUGAUUCUCCUGAGCCACCAAACAAAAAGCCCCUUGUUGCAGUGGAUGAAAUCCCAACUGUUGAAAAAACUAAAGGGCCAGUUUCUCUCCUGUCUUUAUGGAGCAACAGAAUUAAUACUGCAAAUUCUAGGAAACACCAGGAAUUUACUGGUCGCUUGAACUCUGUCAACAACAAAGCUGAGUUAUAUCAACAUCUUAAAGACGAGAAUGGAAUGGAAGCAACAGAAAAUGGGAAAGCCAGUCGGCAGUGAAAAUGGAAUCUACGAAUUAUAUUUUGUUAUGUUGCAUAAACAUUUUAUUCUUGAUUCAAAUUGAUUCAAAGUUGCUUUGAUUGUCUCCCCCCCUAUUUUUAGCACUUUUCUAUAAAAUAGAAAAUCUCAAUAAAUGUGUAAAUCAUUUGUCCCAAAUCCCUUUUUACUCUAGGAUCAAAUAAAGCAAGACUUCAUUUCCAACUAAUAGUAAGGUCUUUAUAAAAAGGAAUUUUAAAAUGUUUUUGAUUCCCUCUGGAGAAACACAGUAUUUUUUUUACCUGAGUUUUGUUUUCAGGUGUGCUUUUAAAUACAUUAAAACUUUUUAGGAGACUGUACUUUAGGAGAGUGCUGCAUAAACACAUUUGUUGUUGGACACAAUGUCUUGGUUUUAAUGACAGAACAGUGAUAAACUGUCUGCGUAUGUUAUACAAUGGGCUCUUAAUUCCAUUAAAGAAGGGGCAGUUGAGGGUAACACACACAGUUGUUUUGAGGCUAAACAGAUUAUAAAGCACAUUCUGUAAAUUACAUGCUAUCUAAAUGCUGAACUGCUUAUAGCAGUCCUAGAUGAUAAGAAAUAUAGAUUUAAGUAUGAUUGUCCUUGAUCAGUUGUUUGGGUUAGUGUGUGCAAUUUAAACAUGUAUUGCUAUAGACAGCAUGAGAAGUGAGAAGACUCCCUGGAAAAGACCCUGAUGUUGGGAAAGAUGGAGGGCACAAGGAGAAGGGGACGACAGAGGACAAGAUGGCUGGACAGUGUUCUCGAAGCUACGAACAUCAGUUUGACCAAAUUGCGGGAGGCAGUGCAAGACAGGAGUGCCUGGCGUGCUAUGGUCCAUGGGGUCACGAAGAGUCGGACACAACUAAACGACUAAACAACAAGCUAUAGACAGGGCUGCAAAUAAUCUUUUGUGUAUUGAAUGGCACACGAAACCUCAGUCUAAACUGGUUUCAUUGACAACAUGGCUACAGGGUGUUUGUACACUCCUUUUCACACUGGACUCUCUCCAUUAGUUCUCUUACUGCAUAGUGGCUGUGAAGACUGAUACAUUAAGUAAAACCCUGUUGUGAAGGAGAAUAGACACCCUGCCAACUAUCACAGCUAAUACCCGAGAUAGUAUCUGCUACAGAAGGAAAAGUAGCCCUGCAACACUGUGAAAGCUAUAAAGAUAGCAUUCUUUUGUGCUUUGUAUACAAAGAUAGUAUUCUCGAUUGCAACUCCUUAUUGGCCAGCACAGCUUUUGAAUUGUGGGGUGAUGGGAGAGGGAAGCAUGAGAACAAAAAAAAAAUGUUAUAUGUCUAAUCCAUUUUUUUGUUGGUGAUGUUUAUUUCUAAAUUAAAACCACCCCCUGCUGUUUCAA